GGCCGGGACUCGUUUCUCGGCGGAGCGAUGCCGCCCGCCUCCGCGGAGGCGGAGGGGUACGAGCCGCAGCGCCGCGCAGGCGUGGGGCAUUCUCCUCAGGCUGCCGGAUUUUCUUCAGGCUGCUGUGGCGGAUCUCGGAAUUGUGUCCGCGCUUCCCUGCUCCCGCCGCGCCCUCCGCCGUUGCACCGCACCGCAUCGCCUGGCUCUCCCUGCGCCCUCCGCUCCGUCUUCCCGCCCGGCUGGGACUGCAUCUCCGCGUCGGCUUCCCCCUCAGCCUGGAGGCUCCCAAUAUGAACAGCAUCGUCUGCGCUGGGAGGCACCAGGUUAUGAUGCAUGAUUAUCACAGAAGAAAUUCAUGUCUAUAGCUCUUAAGGACUUUAUUACAUCAUCUUCAAGCCUGAUAGUUUUGGAAUCCCUAUUGCAGCUGCAAAGACACGUCUGCUUUUGCACUUCAACAAACAUCUUCCCUACCAGAAGAUACUGAAACUCAAGUGCUCUGGUUUAACACAGUGAUACCAUUGGAUUAUUUUAAGAUCUCCCAGUUCAAAAUUGACAGGAAUAUAUUUGCUAGACCAACACCAAAAUGAUUCCUAAUGGAUAUUUGAUGUUUGAAGAUGAAAACUUCAUUGAGUCAUCUGUUGCCAAACUAAAUGCCUUACGUAAAAGUGGUCAGUUCUGUGAUGUCCGUCUCCAGGUGUGCGGACACGAGAUGUUGGCGCACCGAGCCGUGCUGGCGUGCUGCAGUCCCUACCUGUUCGAAAUCUUCAACAGCGAUAGCGAUUCUCAUGGAAUUUCCCAUGUUAAAUUCGAUGAUCUCAACCCAGAAGCUGUGGAAGUUCUGCUGAAUUACGCUUACACUGCUCAGUUAAAAGCUGAUAAGGAACUGGUGAAGGAUGUGUACUCUGCAGCAAAGAAGUUGAAGAUGGAGAGAGUUAAGCAGGUUUGUGGUGAUUAUUUGCUCUCCAAGAUGGACGUUCAGAGCUGCAUCUCUUACCGGAACUUUGCAAGUUGCAUGGGAGACUCACGUUUGUUGAACAAGAUUGAUGGCUACAUUCAGGAACAUCUGUUACAGAUUUCAGAACAGGAAGAAUUUCUCAAGCUCCCCCGGUUAAAGCUCGAAGUCAUGCUGGAGGACAAUGUUGGCCUACCCAGCAACGGCAAACUGUACACAAAGGUAAUCAACUGGGUACAGCGCAGCAUCUGGGAGAAUGGAGACAGCCUGGAAGAUCUCAUGGAAGAGGUUCAAACGCUGUACUACUCAGCUGAUCACAAGCUGCUUGAUGGAAAUCUGCUAGAUGGACAGGCUGAGGUGUAUGGCAGUGAUGAUGACCACAUUCAGUUUGUGCAGAAGAAGCCACCACGUGAGAAUGAUCACAAGCAGAUCAGUAGCAGCUCCUCUGGAAGUCCUUCUCCAAAUGCUACUGUUCAGAGUCCUAAGCAUGAGUGGAAAAUCAUUGCUUCAGAGAGAACUUCGAGUAACACCUACCUGUGUCUGGCCGUUCUGGACGGAGUGCUGUGCGUGAUAUUCCUGCACGGCCGCAACAGCCCUCAGAGCUCUCCCACCAGCACACCGCGGCUGCUCAAGAGCCUGAGCUUCGAGCCGCAGCCCAGCGACACCGUCGAGAAGCCCAUGUCUCCCAUGCAGUACGCUCGGUCCGGACUGGGCACCGCUGAACUUGACGGCAAGCUCAUCGCCGCAGGUGGCUAUAACAGAGAGGAGUGCUUGCGCACAGUGGAAUGCUACGAUCCGCAGAAGGACACCUGGACGUUCCUCGCGCCGAUGAGAACGCCGAGAGCUCGGUUCCAGAUGGCGGUUUUAAUGGGGCAGCUGUAUGUUGUGGGUGGGUCGAACGGUCACUCGGAUGACUUGAGCUGUGGAGAAAUGUAUGAGCCAGAAAUAGAUGAUUGGACUCCAGUUCCGGAGCUGAGAACCAACCGCUGCAAUGCAGGAGUAUGUGCCCUGAAUGGAAAACUGUACAUUGUUGGUGGUUCAGAUCCCUACGGCCAAAAGGGACUUAAGAACUGUGACGUGUUUGAUCCCGUAACAAAAUCUUGGACAAGCUGUGCUCCCCUUAAUAUCCGGAGACACCAGUCAGCGGUGUGUGAGCUGGGGGGGUAUUUAUACAUCAUUGGAGGAGCUGAAUCGUGGAACUGCCUGAACAGCGUGGAGCGUUACAAUCCCGAGAACAACACCUGGACCCUGAUAGCGCCCAUGAACGUGGCUCGGCGGGGAGCUGGAGUGGCCGUUCGUGACGGAAGACUCUUUGUUGGAGGAGGCUUCGAUGGCUCCCACGCAGUGAGCUGCGUGGAGAUGUACGACCCCGCCAAGAACGAGUGGAGGAUGAUGGCGAGUAUGACUACUCCAAGGAGCAACGCCGGCAUCACCACGGUGGCCAACACUAUUUACGCAGUUGGGGGAUUCGAUGGCAACGAAUUCUUGAACACGGUUGAAGUUUACAAUCCUGAGUCAAACGAAUGGAGCCCCUACACAAAAAUUUCCAAGUUUUAAGUGAAUUAAAUUCCCCUUUUCAAACUAACAGGCUUAGUGAUGUAAUUGUGGUUGAGUAGAGGUACACAUGUGAAUAGGGGCGGGGAGGGUGUAGAUGUUGCCAACAGCAACACAAAGCUUUUGCAUAUUGCAUUAUAACAUGCUGUACAUAUUUGUUUUGGAAAGAAUAUUGAGAUGAAGGGUUUUCUGUGUAUUUUAGAACUUUGUUUUCAGUUUUGCUUUUUUGUUUUUUAAGAUUUUGAAGAUAAUGCGAGAGAAACUAGACGGGGCAUAUCAUUUCAGGAGCUUCCCCCGCUGUUUGUUUUGUCACUUUGCACAUUAAAUGACUUUUCCUGUAGGAUGUUGUUCUUGGGGCAGGAAGCGUUAAGUUUAGGGGGACGGUUAUUUUUUGAUCGGGCCUUGUUUUCCUUCAGUAACUGGAACAAUCUGUAACAAGAAGCCUUAUUUAAAUAGAUAUAAUGGCUAUUUUUUUUAUUAAAAAAAGCUGACAUGCCUGCCAGUACCUUAUCUUUUAUGAUUGCCUUUUUAUAACAGUUUUUAUAUACUCAGCAGAGUAUUUUAUCUGUUGAUGUGAAAACGGCAGAUAAAUGGUGGUUGAAGCAAAGAACCAACCUUGGAGCUCAUAGGGACUAAGUGGGAGAACUGACUGAGCAGUGGCCGGGAGCGGCUGCUCCACUGUUACAACUCGGUGUGUAACACCGGAGCAGCUGCUCCACUGUUACAACUCGGUGUGUAACACCUUUGUUAGCGCUGAAUGGAGUUUGAACAGAAAAAAAUUGGAAAUGGGAAUAAUAUUUUGGCUCCAAUUAUUUUGAGAAGGCAGCAGAGGGUGUUUUCUGUACAGCAGUUUUGUUAAUCUGGGUGAGCAAAUGUUUGUAAACCAAUAACUUAAAUGUGGGGGUUUUCUCCUGGUUUUUAAACUCUUGCCAGUUGGCAAUGACAAUGUAUUCAUCUGAUUAGUAACUGUCUUCAGUUUAUUUUUCUAAUACUAGAGCUGAACGUGUCAUAGAACACAACUAACUUGAUUUUGUAUGUGUUCCUAGUACUAUGUUUAAGUUCACUUUCUCUAUUCUUACGGACAAAAUGUUGGGUAGGACGACUCGGUGUCUAAUGUGUAGUGCUGCACAUCUAACUCCUGGUGCCAAAACUCGCACUGACUGCUUGCUGCUGCUGCAAACACAUUAAAGGUACCUUUGGGGAAAUCCUUGCACCAA